ACCUCUCUCAUGAUUCUGCCUCCUAUGGGUAGUAACCCAUAGUGCUUUCCCCUUAGUUUCCUUCUUCACCUCUCCUGCCUAUCCCCACCCCCAACCCUUGAUCUUUCCUCUGAUUGGUUUUUCACCCUUCCCCCCACCUUCUUUAUAGGGCCCCUGCCACUUCCUUCUUCUGUCCUGACGAAGGGCCUUGACUGCUCCUUCUAACGGAUGCUGCCGACCAGCUUGUUUGUACGUCUCGCUCCCCGUGAUCACUUGGCGCUGAGUUCCAGCCAGGGAGGAGUUACCGGCCGCUCACGACUUGUUGCUGAGGUUCCUUGUGGCCAGGCAGGAUGCAGAGGAGUUUUCUCUAUCGGCAGUACCCCUUGCCCCUGCUCCUAGCCGUCGUCUUCGUCCUCGGCGUCCUCGGAUGGACGCUCUUUCCCUCCAGUCUGGGGGAUGACCCCGAGACGGUGGGGCUGCAGAGGAUCAGAGAGUUGCAGAGGGAGAAAGAGAGCCUGCGGGAGGAGAACGGGAAGCUGCGGAAGGAGAGAGACGAGUUGCAGCGGGAGAGAGACGAGCUGCGGAAGGAGAGAGACGAGCUGCGGAAGGAGAGAGACGAGCUGCAGCGGGAGAGAGACGAGCUGCAGCGGGAGAGAGACGAGCUGCGGAAGGAGGGAGACGAGUUGCAGGAACGUCGGCAGAAAUGCGAGACAUUACUGGAAAAACAGAACGUAGCUCAGGAUGAAACCGUCAAAAAACUGAGUGAGAAGAACCAGGGCUUAUAUUCCAAAAAGGAGGAACUGGAAGGUAAUCUUCAGGAUUGUCAAGAGGCACAAGAGCGUUACAGCCGUGAGAUGCAGAGGUGCAAGAAAAAUAAUGAAGACAUUCUGGAAAGGCAUAGGUUUGAACUGAAUCAUGCAGGAUACAACUGUCGGAGUAAAUCAUGUGACAAUCAGGAAUAUAACAUUUGGUGGUUGAUUUUGUGUUUUGUUUUGGGUUUUUUCCUGGCUUGGUGCUGCAGAAGCAGUGAUGGGUGUCAAUGAAGAAAGGAAGACCCUAGUGUGAAGGGAAUGAUUGCUGGUUAUAAACCGAAGGAAACAUGCAUUCUGACCCUCUGGACACAGUCCCCUAAAGGAAUCUGAGCUGUUACCCUGUGAUGAAGCAGCCGCUCCCACACUCCCAGGGUGCUCAUGUGGAAAUAGUGGGUGUGAAGAUCUACAGCCCAGCCGGUGAUAUAACCCAUAACAAUAACAUGUAGGGCACUGAAUGUAAAGUAUUCCCCUCCUAUUCCUCGGCUCACAUGGUCUGCCCUCUCAUGGACUUGAAACCUCCUCCCCAGUUUUGGACCCACCACCCCCCUCUCCACUGUGCAUUGUCACAUCAAUGAAGCACAACGUACCCUCCUGUCCUCACUCUCAUCUGGUGAUCUCUUCUGCUACCUCUGUACAAAGUGGGAAAUGUCCCUGGUCUAUCCCUAUUUUGGCUAUCGAGUUUGUGUGUGUUUUUAUUAAAUUUACAAUAAAAUAUAAUUGCUAAA